AUGGAAGUAUGGGUGGUGGCGAGAUCCUACGAAGAAGGAAUUUAUUCAAAGUGCAUUUUUCGUAAGAAGGACAAGACUCAAGCGAGCACAAUCGAAGCAAAGAAGAAAAUAGCUCAAGCUACCAUUACUUCCUUUGUGAUUGCGGGUCAUACUAAAGCAGCAACUCAAAAGAACACCAACACCAAGUCAGUUAGUGCCAUGCUUCGCAGGACACCAGAAGUAGUUGCAGAAAGGCAUAAAUCCAAGACUUCUCAGCCCACUAUAGAGCAGUGCACAAAGAAAGAUAAAGAGGCUAAACAAAUUGUUGAUGAUCAUGUCGCUGAUUUCUUCUAUGAAAAUGGUAUACCAUUCAAUGUCAUUAAUUCGAGAAGUUGGGAGAUAAUGCUUGAGUCCAUUGGGCAGUAUGGACCUGGGUACCGCUCACCAACCAUGCAUGACAUUAGGGAACCAUUGCUUGAAAGGGCUGUCAACAGGACAGCAGAACUAAGAAAGAAGCAUGAGGAGAGUUGGAAAGAAUAUGGCUGCACUCUCAUGUCCGAUGGUUGGACGGAUACAAGCCACCGCCAUAUAAUCAAUUUUCUUGCCAACAGUCCAGCAGGGACCUUCUUCCUAGGUUCAGUGGAUGCUUCAAGUGAGAUAGCAAAUGCACAAAUGCUAGCUGAUUUGUUGGAGCAGCAAGUUGACAAGAUUGGGAAGGAAUAUGUGGUGCAAGUUGUCACAGACAAUGGGGCCAACUUUAAGGCAGCGGGAAGGAUUCUAAUGGAGAGGAUCCCACAUUUGUUUUGGACACCUUGUGCUGCCCAUUGUCUGAAUUUGUUGCUGCAAGACAUUGGUGAGAUAAAGGAAUUCAACACUGCCAUCAAUUGGGGCAAGAAAGUGUGCAGAUUUCUAUACAAGCAUGGGAGGAUACUUGAUCUAACGAGACAGAAGAUAGGUGGAGAUCUUGUGAGACCAGCUGUGACUCGAUUUGCUACUUCUUACCUAACAUUGGCAAAUGGGGAUGAGACACCAGCAGCUCCUGAGAUCAUGGCAGCCAUGGAUCAUGCAAAGACCACCAUCAAAGAUUCUUUAAAAGCUAAAACCGACUUGCUUAAAGAAGUAAUGAAGCGCUAUGAUAAUAGGUGGGAAAACCAAAUGCAGCAGAAGUUGUAUGGGGCAGCCCUAUUCUUGAAUCCAGGCAAAUUCUUUGCCUUAAGGGAGAAAGACAAGAGAAAAGCUGCAAGGCUAAGGAUCAUGUUCAAUGAAAUUUUAUACAAAAUGGUGGCGGAUGACAGUGAACAAUCCAAGAUUUCUUGUCAAGCUGAUGAUUAUGAACAGUCUGAAGGUGAAGGCUUCUCAAUGCCAUUAGCAAUAAGGGACAGAGACAAAAAGAACCCUAGUUGUGAGCGUAAUUGGAGUGUUUUUCCCAUGUUUCAAAAAAUCAGAGAGCUUGGUUGCAAAGGACAAAAGAGCAACCCUCUCACAUACUGGAUGAAUUUCGGUGGGAUAAUGAAUGGGUGGAUGAGAAUUGUGAGGAAUCGACUUGGGCUCUUUGUUGAUGAAGCUAUUGGUGCAUCCGAGAAUCUACUGGGCGUUAACUUGCCUAGGGAAAUUGUCUUUGCUCGUUGCUGUGACCUCUGUCACCAGAUGUAUACCGAAGCGUCCAAGGAUGCUGCUUGCAAUGUACUGCAAAUUGUUGCUCUAGAUAGCAUUGAUGAUGAAGAUGAUGACCAUGAAGCCCAAGUUCACCAGAUGCAUCUAAUGUCAAGUAGGAAUGGAGGUGGAUGGAGACUCGGGUGGAGAUGGAGGAGGCGGCUUCAAUUUGGAUGA